CGCACAGUCAAACGGACGCGAAGUCCAAAGCGCGCGUCCAAGGCCAUCAAUAAUUUCUUCAAUUCGCCAGGGCGCUCCUAGCUCACAUCAAAGAAACAUUUCAGGACUCAAACCACAAUAGCUUUUGGCAACAUUGCUGUCGAAUACCUUACCAUCUUUUAUUCGCCACCUUACCUCACUCGCAAGCUCGCUACUCCUCCGACCCUUUACUGGUACACCUAAGUGGUCUCCACAGCUAAAAGCUAGCACAUAUGGACGCGGCUGAUGUGCGGGACCAGGAGCCGACGCGCGCCGCGUCGAAAUGCCGGCAUGGCGGGACCGAGGUCUCGUGCCGAGGAGGUCCUCUGCACGACGACGUGAUGGAUACAUCAUGCAGUGAUGAGCAGGGUGACGUGUGCUGGGUCUGCCUGGACGGCCCGUCUGCAGAUAAGCCGCUCAUCCGGCCCUGCAAGUGCCCCCGCUUCUGCCACAGCGUCUGCAUCGCGCGGUGGCAGCUGCAAAGCGCUGGCAGCAGGAAGGAGAUGUUCUGUGACUUCUGUAGUGCCAAGCUGCCGGACUGGAAACACGCGCUGACACCGCCCUGCGGCUCGCAGGCGCCGGCGGUGAUGAACGUCAACUUCGGCGGCCGCACCUACAGCUUCGAGGUGCAGCCCGGCCCCGAGGGCUACCGCCGCUUCACGUCCGCCAUCCGCGCCGCCUUCGCACUGCCCGAUGACAGCGAGCUCAACAUCACCUUCACCUGCGACGAGCCCAACACAGCAGAGCCUGUAUCCUCCGCCGCAGGGUCACUGCUUACGCUGCAAGGCGCAGGCGCCUACGAUGCGGCCGUGCACUGCGCCUCUGUGUCAGCGGCGCGGCGCCUCAGCACCGGCAACCCGCUCACCCAGGCGCCCAUCUGGGGGCCCUCCUCCUCCGGCGGCGGCGCCAGCAGCAGCUCCGCGGGCGGCGCCGGCGUCCGCAGUCGCAGCGCCAGCGCAGGCGGCGCGCCACGCGGCGGCAGUGAAGGCGGCGGCGCCGCGGGUGCUGGUCGCGCCGCGGCCGGCGGCGCCGCGGGCGGGUCGUCGUCGUCGCCGUCGUCGCCGGGCAAGAUGCGGAUGCUGGGGGGUCUGGGGCGGCGCCUGCGCAACGCCAUGGCCGAGCUCUUCGGAACCACGGGGCCCACCACCGGCGCCGGCAGCCCCGGGAUGGGACAUGGAGCUGAAUCGGUGCGGGUGUAGGAGCAACGCAACUUACCGGUAUGGGAGGAGUUCAUCACAUUUACACGGAUUUAAAGGAUGUGGGUUGGGAGGCCUGUCAUAUGACGCUGGGAGUAGAGGUGCCGGGUGGCGGACAUCUCAGCAAGCCGCUGGUUCCAAGGGCGCAAACUGCUGAACAAGCAGCAUAUGUGCGAGGCGUGGCCGGCGGGUUUGCUUUCUGCAUGCCAGUGUGAGGGCUGGGCUCGUAAACCGGGGGAUGGCCGGCACCCCCCUGGGCCAGCUGCCAACUCAGGGGCAUCGGGGGUUGAUGAAGCGCUGCAGUUGCUUGGAAGCUCAGGCAUAAUGUUAAAUUGUUUUGGCCAUGCGCGAAAGGUCUGGAGGCAGCUCAGCAUGGACUGGGGUGCGUCGCAGCCAGGCGGCUGCCGACAGCUACUGCACCAGAGUUGUUUUGAUGACACAAGCAGUUGGUGCAUGCGUGUGCAUUUAUUGAUAAGAAUAAUGUUGGAAUGGUAUUACAUGAGUAGUGGCAGAUGCGAAGAGCGCAGGGGUGCGUGUGUGUGCACUCAAGUAAACUGCUUGUAUACUUCAUUCAAGGGCAGCCUGGCGGAAAGACCGAGAGGUGUUCAAAGAGAUGCGAAUACUGGACAUGUGUGGGGGUUUUGGAUGGGUGCUUAUGGCAUUCAGGAACGUGUAAGGGGGGUUCGGGGGGUUUUGGUGUUACUGAUUUACACGGACGCAGGAUGGGCCUGGGCGGGCGGGCGCAGGUGGCAAAUGUUGGGCAAGGGUGCAGCAGCUAUGACCGACUGCGGCUGGGGUGUUUGUGGAUGUAACAUGAGAAUGCC